CCAGACAGAGUGGCUCGUCAGUCAGCUCGCGGCAGUCGUGAGAAACGCACGUGCCGAUUCAGCGACUCGCGGCUACGAUCUCAGUGAUGCUGUUGUGUUUAUCACCUCAAUUUAUUGAGUGCUAAUAUACUCUUAUUUCACGAAGUCCGAAAUCACGCCCGAAGUGUAAGAUGCCGCUGCAAAUAAGACGGAAUUGUCUUCUGUUCCUACGCGAGAACCUGCUCACCUUACUGACAGUAAUCGGCGUGGUGUCCGGAACGUUACUGGGAUGGGGUCUCCGUGCGUCGGGACACGAGUGGUCGCGUCGUGACGUCAUGUACUUCCAAUAUCCCGGGGAAUUAUUUCUCAGGAUGCUAAAGAGUUUGAUAGUUCCACUGCUGGUAUCUUCGAUUGUUUCGGCCAUAGGUUCUCUGGAUCUCAGUCUGUCUGGCAAGGUCGGACUCCGAGCUAUCAUCUACUAUAUGACGACGACCGUGUGCGCAGUGAUGCUUGGCAUCGCUCUCGUCACCACCAUUAAGCCGGGCAAAGACCCAGAGGCGUACAGCCAGCCCAAUGCCACCAAAGUCGUUACUAAAGACACAUUGACUUCAGACACGCUGCUCGAUUUGAUAAGGAAUGUGUUUCCAGAGAACAUCGCUCAAGCGACAAUCGCAUCCUACCGAACUCGAUUAUCUUACGACCCCAAAGAUAGCAAAAUGGUCAAAGGACAUAUCGAGACAUAUAAGAUAGAAGGAGAUUACCAGAGUGGCACCAAUGUAUUGGGGCUGGUGUGCUUCAGUAUUGUGCUAGGCAUCACCAUGGGCAAGAUGGGAGACAAGAGCAAACCCCUGCAGGAGUUCUUCCACACCCUCUCUGAAGCCAUGAUGAUUAUCACUGGAUGGGUUAUUUGGCUUUCUCCGCUCGGUGUGUUCUUCUUAGUAACAGCAAAGAUCAUGGAAAUAGAUUCUUUCGCAGACUUAGUGGGUCGUUUAGGAUUGUAUUUCAUGACAGUAUUACUAGGUCUGUUCUUGCACGGAUUUGGUACGCUCAGCGUUCUAUUCAUUCUGGCUACAAAGAAGUUGCCGUGUCGCUACAUUGCUAAAAUGGGUCAGGUUAUGGCUACAGCGUUUGGAACUGCUUCAAGUUCGGCCACAAUGCCGAUAACAAUAGGCUGCUGUGACGACAUGGGCCUGGACCCGCGCAUCACUCGCUUUGUCAUCCCGAUUGGCGCUACCAUCAACAUGGACGGCACAGCGUUGUACGAGGCGGUCGCCGCCAUCUUCAUCGCACAGCUUAGGAGGGUGGAGAUGUCGUUCGGAAAGAUUGUUGCAGUCAGUGUGACUGCAACUGCGGCCAGUAUAGGCGCUGCCGGUAUCCCUCAGGCGGGAUUGGUUACAAUGGUAAUGGUGCUUGACACCGUCAACCUGCCCGCUGAAGAUGUCUCCAUCAUUCUUGCGGUCGACUGGCUUCUAGAUCGAUUCCGCACAACGAUUAACGUCGUCUGCGAUGCACUGGGAGCCAUCAUUGUAACCACGUUAUCACAAGGUGACAUCGAAAAAUCGCGCGCCAUCCACCAAAACGAUAGGGAACUAGCUCCCGCGCACGAACUUACCGAACUAGAGAAGGGCGAUCAUUGAAUAACGUAAAAUAACAGCUAUUCGCAGUAAUGUGUUCACAUAACGUUGUAGCGGUAACGUUAUUUUAAUAAGUUAUAACGUUAAUAUGUAAUAGCAUAAUUGUGUUACCAGCCAGCAACAGUUUUUAUUCAUCGCAGUAUGUUAACUACAAAAACUAUUGUGAUUAUUAGAUGUAGAAAAUAGUAUCACGUUGAGUGUUUAUUUAGCAUUUAAAUAUCAGUUUCAGACAGAUAUAAAGUAAAUCACUGGUUUUAAAGAUCGUAAAUUAUGUGAUCAAUACAAAGUAAUGGUGUGACUAUACUUUACUGAAGAACUAAAGCCCAUGUUUAACAUUACCAAAGCUUUAGCUCCCAAAUCAAAAAAAGACAUGUUAGG